AUGGGCGGGAACCACUCCCACAAGCCCCCCGUGUUUGACGAGAACGAGGAAGUCAACUUUGACCAUUUUCAGAUUCUGCGGGCCAUUGGUAAAGGGAGUUUUGGAAAGGUAUGCAUCGUGCAGAAGCGAGACACCAAGAAAAUGUACGCAAUGAAGUACAUGAACAAGCAGAAGUGCAUCGAGAGGGAUGAGGUUCGGAACGUAUUCCGGGAGCUGCAGAUCAUGCAGGGACUGGAGCACCCUUUCCUGGUCAAUCUGUGGUACUCCUUCCAGGAUGAGGAGGACAUGUUCAUGGUGGUGGACCUGCUGCUGGGAGGUGACCUGCGCUACCACCUGCAGCAGAGUGUACAUUUCACGGAGGGGACUGUGAAGCUCUACAUCUGUGAGCUGGCUCUGGCCCUGGAGUACCUGCAAAGAUACCACAUCAUCCACAGAGACAUCAAACCUGACAACAUACUGCUGGACGAACACGGACACGUUCACAUUACAGACUUCAACAUAGCGACAGUCGUGAAAGGAACAGAAAAGGCUUCCUCCAUGGCUGGCACCAAGCCCUACAUGGCCCCAGAAGUGUUCCAGGUGUACAUGGACGGCGGCCCUGGGUACUCAUACCCUGUCGACUGGUGGUCCCUGGGGGUCACAGCCUACGAGCUGCUGCGGGGCUGGAGACCGUAUGAAAUCCACUCGGCCACGCCCAUUGACGAGAUCCUCAACAUGUUCAAGAUGGAGCGUGUCCACUACUCCUCCACAUGGUGCAAGGGGACAGUCGCCCUGCUGAAGAAGCUCCUGACCAAGGACCCUGAGAGCCGCCUGUCCAGCCUCAGUGACAUUCAGAGUGUGCCCUACUUGGCCGACAUGAACUGGGAUGCAGUGUUUGAGAAGGCGCUGAGGCCCGGCUUUGUGCCCAAUAAAGGGAGACUGAAUUGUGAUCCCACAUUUGAACUUGAAGAAAUGAUUCUAGAAUCCAAGCCACUUCACAAAAAGAAGAAGAGGUUGGCAAAGAACAGGUCCAAAGAUGGCACAAAGGACAGCUGUCCCCUGAAUGGACACCUGCAGCAGUGUUUGGAGACGGUGCGGAAGGAAUUCAUCAUCUUCAACAGAGAGAAGCUCAGGAGGCAGCAGGGGCAGGGCGGCCAGCUCUUAGACACUGAAGGCCGAGCUGGGAGCCAGGUCCAGAGCAAGCUCCGGGACGGAUGCAACAACAACAUCCUCGCCCAUGCCUGCUCCCGCGGCUGCAGCAGCUAA